AUGACGCCACCACUUACUAACAACAACUCUGAACAUGACCCACAGAUACAACAUAGCACAAUGGAACACCUCAACUCUCCCACAAAUAAACUGAAAAGGUACAAUCAGGACGAAAAUACUGACUUUGAAGGCUACAUUAUACCCAAGAAAAUUUCGUACGCACCAAGACCAACUAUCAUACCGACGAGAACAUCCAACAGUUUUUCUGCAUUACAGACAAUGAAUAAUAACACGGACCCUACACCAUCCAGUAGUAACAAUACACAAUACAAAAACUCUACCACGCCAAAAACGUUUAAACCACCUCCUAUUAUUAUCAGACCAGCAAUGUCCGCUAUGGCAUUACGAAAAGCUCUAUUAGAUGCUAAAAUCAAAAACUUUACCAUUCGUUCAAAUAGGGACGAAACCAAAUUGUAUUUGGACCUCAAACCAGACUACGAAGCUGCAAUACAUGUCCUAAAUGUCAGCGAUGAAAUUCAUUUUCACACCUACUCCCCACGCGGUUCAAGGCCGCUUAAUAAAUUCAUCAUUAAAGGUCUGGACCUUGACCAUGACCUUGAUUCAAUUACUGAAACCCUCCAAGCCCGCUUACCCGGACUCAAAUCUGUAUGGAGGAUGAAAAAGACCGACGCAGAUGGCUUCAAAAUAGAACUGCCACAUAUUAUAGUCACGACAGACCCUGACACUACCAUUGACAACCUCAAAGCAGCUCAUGCUGGAAGAAAUACAGCACCAAACCCCAGACAAGAUCAAAAGGGUAAAGCAUCACAAGCUCCGCCCACCACCUCAAGACCCGACUCUUAUGCGGGAGUAGCCCACCUAGCUCCCCCUCCCACCACCCAAUCCCCACCCUAUGAACAGCCCCCAUGGGUCUCCGAACUCGUGGGCAUAGUUAAACCUCGACAACCCCACGUGGAGGUACGAAGUGCUCCUGAGACACGAACCCACGACGACGACGACGAAUCAGUCUCAACGAGAGACUCGCUCGCACUUCUCGAUUGA